AUAUUUAAUGGCAGCUGUAUGGAAUUUAGUGAUUCUGUUCUAGUUGGGUAUAUAAUAUGAGACACUUCAAUAUUAGUAGUCCGUUAAUUUAAGUUUAAUUACAAAUAUUUGCAGACUCUUCUUAUUAGAAUAAAGUUUGUGCAAGGAAAGACAUCAAACAUUAAAAUCAAAAUUUGUCAACCUUCGCACGAACUCAGUUGACAGAAGCCAUAUGACUCUCAGCUGCACAUACAUGUAACCUCCAUUCCUCUCUCUUGGUUUGACUAGUAGUUGAAAGAAGCUGCAAUACUAGCUUGCGAUCAUUCUGUGAUACAUCAAUCUGAAUGCACCAUGCAGGAGCACCUCCUGAGCCCUUGCUCCAGGAAAGAAGAAGCAGACUCACCAAACAGACCACCACUCAAGGAAGCCAAGAGUUCUUGUAUUAACCUCAUAGCCAACUUGUCCUUCAAGAAAGGGAAGAUUAUCCAUCGCUCACGCUCUGCUCCGUCUGUAUUAUUCACUGACAUGGGGGUAGAUUUUCAUGAGCCCUCUGAACCAUAUAAAUCAUCAACUUUAAUAGUUAGGCUAUCUUUUAUCGGUGUUUUCUUGUAUGUGGCAACUGGGGUUGCAGUUUACAUGACUUCUGGGAGUUUCAAAGGCACUACCACUUUCAGGCCCGUAGAUGCUGUGUACUUCACAAUGGUAACUCUCUGCACUAUUGGGUUUGGAGAUAUUGUUCCUGACUCCACGUUUACCAAGAUCUUUACAUGUGGUUUCAUUUUGGUGGGUUUUGGAUUUAUUGGUUUUCUACUCAAUGGAUUGGUUGCAUACAUUUGUGAUACACAAGAGGCAUUCCUGUUGAGCAUGAUGGAUGAGAAUCGAUACAAGAACAUCCUCAGCACGUACAUGGUUGAUGAACAGAAAGGGAGAAUGAGGAUAAGAACCAAAGUAUGUCUGGCUUUGGUUGUUGUCAUUGGCUGCAUUGCUAUAGGAACAGUCACAGUGCAUUAUGCUGAGGACCUGAAUUGGGCUGACAGUAUUUAUCUUUCCAUGACUUCUGUUACAACGGUUGGUUAUGGGGAUUAUUCUUUCAGAACUGUUAUCGGAAGAUGCUUUGCAAUUAUAUGGCUCUUGGUAGGCACACUGGUAGUUGCCAGGGCACUUAUAUACCUCACUGAAUAUAGUAUUCAUAAGAGAAAUCGUAAGAUGGCAAAAUGGGUUCUUCAGAAGAAGAUAACCUUAUCAGACUUAGCGGCUGCAGACCUUGAUAAUGAUGGAUCAAUCAGUAAGUCUGACUUUGUCAUAUACAAGCUUAAGCAAAUGGGGAAGAUUAGUGAAAUAGACAUUCUGCAGAUAAGCAAACAAUUUGAUUCCUUGGAACAUGGCAUGUAUGGCAAGAUUACUCUUGCUGACCUCAUGGAAACUGUUUAGUUCAAACAUCUCUACUGAAAGGGCACAGCAGUAUACGAAAGAGACUACCACUAUUGUGUAGUGUCUCAUGCUUGCAAUCUUAUCCCAUGAAUGGAGUGACUGUUUCUGCUACUAAAACCUUGAUCAUCAUCAGGGCGAAAAGUCAACCUUAGUGUUAACGCAUCUUUAUUCUUUUUGAUUUUUUGGUCAAAGCCAAAGGUGUCGCGUAAGGGAUCAAACUGGUGACUGGUGACUACUCCCAUAUUUUAUGAAAAGAAAAUGGUGAAAUAGCACUGGGUUCAGGCCUUGCCUGCAGUUACAUCCUUUAUACAAUGGAUGAUUAUUUUCCUGAUCCUCUUGGAUGUUACAAGUGUAUUGAACAUCAUUACCAACCAUUUGCUGUCACUUGCCCAUACGCAUGAAAUAUGAAUGUUCAAUGAAUAGAAGCAUUGGCCUUUACUUGCACCAAUACUUGAAAAUUGAAAAGCAUAAUGUCACGGGUGCCCAUUAUUAUUCGUACUUUGUAGUGCUAGUUCUAUUGGUUUCGUGAUGUGAUGUCAUACUUCAACGUAAAAAUAAUACACAAUUUGGAUUCUUGUGGUACUAUAUUCUGAAUAAA